GGGUUGUCGUGUGAAGCUAACAACAACACGACCUUUGAGAUCGCCAACCCAGUUUGAAUGCAUGUCACGCUUUGCCAUGAAUAACAUGCGCCGUAUUUUGACAAGAGGAGUGUUUGGCCGCCCGUCAUCAUGUUUAUCUGUUAUCGGAGUUCAGGAUUUUUGCAGCGGAGUCUCGCGACUGGACCGCGCUGCAAGCCCUGUAAACCUGACAUACGAUGUGUUUGAUGGGAAGGGAGACAGCCCACCAUUGGUGUUUCUACAUGGUUUAUUUGGGAGCAAGUCCAACUUUCACUCCAUAGCCAAGUCCCUGGUACAGCGGACGGGCAGGAAGGUGCUGACAGUAGAUGCUCGUAACCAUGGCAAAAGCCCACACAGUCCUGUUUUGACCUAUGAAGCAAUGACGUGUGAUCUGACAUAUCUGCUUGGCCAGCUGCACAUUGGGAAGUGUGUCCUGAUUGGACACAGCAUGGGGGGCAAAGUUGCAAUGAUGACAGCUCUGUCACAGCCUAGUUUAGUGGAACGUCUGGUUGUUGUAGACAUAAGCCCCUCUCCGACUUCAGUCCACACCACUUUCCAUACCUACAUUCAGGCAAUGAAAGAAGUGAAGGUAGCCAGCAAUAUCCCACGUUCCACAGCACAUAGACUGGCCGAAGACCAGCUGAGAAAGCUAGUUAAGGAGCGUUCAGUGCGUCAGUUCCUCCUCACAAACCUGGAGGAGCAAAAUGGCGAGUACGGCUGGAGGAUUAACCUGGAUGCCAUCACAAAUCAAAUAGAGGAUGUCAUAGGUUUUCCUAAAUUUAACACCACUUAUAAGGGCCCUACCCUUUUCUUGGGUGGCAGUAGUUCUGCCUACAUAAGCUCAGAGGAUUACCCUGAAAUCCAGCGGCUUUUUCCCUGUGCAGAUAUCCAGUACAUCCCAGAUGCCAGUCACUGGAUUCAUGCUGAUAAGCCUUUGGAUUUCAUCAGCUCCAUAAUAACUUUCUUACAAUCAUAGUCCAUGUCUCAGGAGGAGGACAUGCUGUACUGGUGAGCCCAAUGAGAAACAGGCACUGAAUGAAGGGUAUGGAUGUGGACCAUGCUGAUUUUCAUAUAGUCCCUUAACUUACAAUGCACAAUUGGACAGUUACAUUGUUUGGUGUAUUCAUAUUUCAAUGUUGUAUUUGCACUGUGGCUUAGCAUAGGACACAUUAAGAGGAUAUAUAGAAAUAUAUAGCAGAUACAGUUGAAGUCAGAAGCUUACAUACACUUACAAGUUAUUAAAACUAAUUUUUUAACCACUCCACAGAUUUCAUAUUAGCAAAUUAUAGCUUUGGCAAGUCGUUUAGUAAAUCUACUUUGUGCAUGAAACGAGUCAUUUUUCCAACAAUUGUUUACAGACAGAUUUAACUAAGUUAAACUGUGCCUUUAAGCAGCUUGGAAAAUUCCAUAAAAGGAUGUCAAGCCUUUAGACAGUUAGCCAAUUAGCUUCUGAUAGGAGGUGUACUGAAUUGGAGGUGUACCUGUGGUUGUAUUUUAAGGCCUACUUUCUAACUCAUUGCCUCUUCGCUUGAUAUCAUGGGAAAAUCAAAAGAAAUCAGCCAAGACCUAAGAAAAAAGGUCUGGUUCAUCCUUGGGAGCAAUUUCCAAAUGCCUGAAGGUACCACAUUCAUCUUUACAAACAAUAGUAUGCAAGUAUAAACACCAUGGGACCACGUAGCCAUCAUACCGCUCAGGAAGGUGAUGCAUUCUGUCUCCUAGAGAUGAAUGUAGUUUGGUGCAAAAAGUGCAAAUCAAUCCCAGAACAACAGUAAAGGACCUUGUGAAGAUGCUGGAGGAAACAGGUAGACAAGUAUUUGUAUCCACAGUAAAGCAGGGCCUAUAUAGACAUAACCUGAAAGGCUGCUCAGCAAGAAGAAGCCACUGCUCCAAAACCAACAUAAAAAGCCAGACAACAGUUUGCAAGUGCACAUAGGGACAAAGAUCUUACUUUUUGGAGAAAUGUCCUCUGGUCUGAUGAAACAAAUUGAACUGUUUGGCCAUAAUGACCAUUGUUCUGUUUGGAGGAAAAAGGGUGAAGCUUGCAAGCCGAAGAACACCAUCCCAACCGUGAAGCAUGGGGGUGGCAGCAGCAUGUUGUGGGCGUGCUUUGCUGCAGGAGGGGCUGGUGCACUUCACAAAAUAGAUGGCAUCAUUAGGAAGGAAAAUUUUGUGGAUAUAUUGAAGCAACAUCUCAAGACAUCACCAGGAAUUUAAAGCUCUGUCGCAAAUAGGUCUUCCAAAUGGACAAUGGUGUUGUGCUUAUUUACACUUGUUCAGUCGGAUAGCAAUCCGAUCAGUAAAAAUACAUCAAGUGACCAAGUGUAAAUAGGCCCUUAGAUGGAGGUUUUAAUGAGUAAAACAUACCUCCCUAACCUAAAAUUUGAACCUAAACCUAACCAAAAGUGAUCUAAAAUAAAAUUAGUUACACAAAACAAACCCUAAACCAACACCUGGUUCUAACCAAUAGUGUCCAAAAACAAACUGAGAAAUGAACAGCACAUUUUCUGAAGCAUCCAAGUCAUUUUGUGUCAUCUCACUUGUCAGCUUGCGUGCUUGGUCUCGAACCGCGGUCUUCCAAGUUCAAAGUCCAGACCUCUUUGAGGUGAGCUACCACAGAAGCUAAUCACAGUGGAAUAAGUGUGUAAAUGUAGUUGAGUCUGUAAUAUAAGCGUUAAAAUGUAUCGUUUUUUAAAAGAUGCAUUAUAGUAAAAGUGUUUCGAUAUCAUAACAUGCCAGUGUCUGAGUAAUAGUCUGAAAAGUGUUUAUAAAGUCAUAAUCAACA